AUGACCUCCCACAAAAUCUACCCUGCCGGCUACGCCGCCAUCGACCUCAAUAUUUCGAGCUGCGGAAUUUGGGACUUUGUCUUCGCUUCCAAGUUGGCCGCUGCUCGCGAUUCGGAAAAGAUUGCUCUGGAGCAGGGCAAUACUGGCGAGCAAAUCAGGCAAAGCCUAUCGCUGAAGCGCGGCGACACCAUUGCGAUCUUGUGUCCCAACACGCUGCAAUUUGUAGUACUGGCCCUGGGAGCGCAAGCGGCAGGGAUCAUAGUGACUACUGUGAAUGUAGCUUACACGGCCCGUGAGAUUGCUCUGCAAAUUUCAGACAGCCAGUCCAGCGCUAUCUUUGCUGGGCCAGCGCAACUCGCCGCGGCUAAAGAAGCCGCCAAAAUUGUGGCUUUGGGAGAGAACAAGGUGUUUAUGUUGGAUAGCCCUAAAGAGACGAAGCAGUCGCUCGAUAGCUUGCUCUCGGAGGAUCAACUUGUGCCUGAGCAUUUUACCCCCGAACAAGCUCGUUCGGAAACCGCUUUCAUGUGCUACUCUUCGGGUACCACUGGCAAGGCCAAAGGUGUCCAAUCAACACACUUCAAUAUCAACACAAACACGUUGCAAAUUUCGGGCACUGGCGAAGCUUUCGUCUCUAGCGACAAUGUCCUAGCAUUUCUGCCCAUCUUUCACCUAUUUGCGCUCACUGCCAACGUUUUGCAAGCUCUUUACCUCGGUUCCAAGCUCGUGCUGCUGCCUCGUUUCGACCCGCAGCUCGUCUUGGACACGAUCGCAAGCAAGGAAAUCAACGCUGCGUACAUUGCACCGCCCGUAGCUAUGUUCCUGGCCAAAGAUCCUCGCGUCAAGCCGGAGGGUAUGAAGUCCCUGAGAUGGCUGUUGUCGGGCGCCGCGCCGCUUGGUGGAGAAGUGGCUGCAGCAGUGCAGGAAAGAAUCGGUGUGCCCACUUUCCAAGGCUACGGCCUCACGGAGAUGUCGCCAGCCGUUUUCAUGUCUGGCCCAGCCAACUCGCGCGAAGGCUCUGUGGGGAAAUUGUUGCCAAACCAAGAGGCCAAGCUGGUAGCUCCAGAUGGUUCCGACGCUGACCCUAGCGUCGGUGGAGAAGUGUGGCUGCGUGGACCUAACACAAUGAAGGGCUACUUGAACAGACCAGAAGAGACCGCCAAUUGCAUCGACGAGGAAGGAUGGUUCCACUCUGGCGACGUGGCUACUAGGGACGCAGAUGGGUUCUACUACAUCGUCGACCGGCUCAAAGAUUUACUCAAGUACAAUGGCUACCAAGUCUGCCCCAGCGAGCGUCGUAUUCACCUCGAGAUUGCACUGUAUCCGCUCCAACUUGCAGUCGAGGCUGUGCUCAUUCUGCACGAGGAUGUUAAAGAUGCGGCAGUGCGUGCUGAGAUCUUUUCUGCCCUGUCGCUGCCAAAGAUUGGAGUCAAGAAAGAUGGCAACGAUCUCCCCGCAGCAUUUGUGGCUUUGAAAGAUGGAGCAGCUAGCAGCAGCAGCAGCAGCAAGACGGAAAGCGAAGUUCUAGCUUCCAUAGACGCUUGGUUCACUUCUCAAGUCGCUCCCUUCAAGCGUCUCAGAGCUGGACUGUUUGCAGUCAAGGCCGUGCCAAGAAGUGCCGCGGGCAAGAUCUUGCGCAAAGAGCUCGCCAUACCUACAGCACCUGCCGCAGUCACGGUUUGA